GAACGAAUCACAUUCGAAUUCUACACUUGCUUGAUAAGCAAGAGAUAACCGUAAGGAAAGUAUGACAAUGUAAUAAUAUAAAUUGAAAAGAAAGAAGAGAUUAAAAAAAAUAAUAAGAUUAAGAAGAGAUUAAAAAAAAAUUCUCUUUGAAAAAAGCUUAUGACUUCUUCGUAGCGACAAGAAAAAACUUGGAGAAAGUCUGCAUCUAGAAUAUGAUUCCACGAUGAAUACCUCGUGCUUAAUCAGCACAUAUGAGUGUACGAUUGUAAAUUAUUGUGAUCUGAUUAACCACAACAAAUUAAUUGGAACUCGAGCUCACCGUUGGACGGCUUCCCGCAAAGUUGAUUAUUUUAGUCCCAAGUACGAGUAGUCACGAUUUCAUUCUAAUGAAAUCUUGUACGAUACCAUUUAGGUUAACCCGGAUCGAAGGCUGACUUAUAGGAUUAUAUCCUGUUUGAUUAUUCAGUAAAUUUGCAUGUCGCGAAUAAUCGGAUCGUAUAUAGCAUGACCAUUCUUUGGAAGAUACUGACUAAUCCUGGCAUCCUACGAAAAUCAGGAUGCUGCGGGGUUCACGUGUCGCAGAAAUACUUGUUCAGUUCGUGCCUGACAAGGCAGCCCAUUAAAUUGUCAAGGAAAAGCCAGUUGUUCAUCGGGCUGAGACACCACACGAUUGAUACCGUUCGCUCUGAUGCUUCUACAUCCAUCGUACGCACAGUCAAGGUGAAGAAACGUUCAGAAUUAAAAACUUUAAUUUUGCUGGCUGCCCCUGAAAAAUGGACUCUGAUGAAGGCUAUCGCACUCCUGCUCGUAUCAUCUAGCGUAACGAUGGCUGUUCCGUUCUGCUUUGGCAAAGUGAUAGAUGUGAUCAAUACUGUGGAAGCAACAAAGAUGAAGGAAAACCUUAAUCAGUUGACGCUUGCUCUGUUUGUUGUAUUUCUUAUAGGCGGCGUGAGCAAUUUUGGCAGAGUUUACCUCAUGUCAAUGGCAGGACAUAGAAUUACACAGUCUCUUAGGAAAAAAGCAUAUGCUGCUAUCCUUCAACAGGAAACAGCAAUGUUUGACAGAGAAAGUACAGGAGAAUUAGUUGGGAGAUUGAGCGGAGAUACACAGCUUAUCAGUUCUGCUGUUACAUCCAAUGUAUCGGAUGGUUUACGCUCUGCUAUAAUGGCUAUUACAGGAGUGUCUAUGAUGUUUUAUGUAUCACCAUCGCUAGCUUUACUCGGCCUGGCUAUAGUACCACCUGUUGCAGUUAUCGCCGUUAUUUGGGGCCGUGUCUUGAAAAGAGUCUCUAAAGAUUUGCAGAGCAGUUUUGCAGUGCUUAAUACAAUCGCGGAAGAAAGAAUUAGCAAUAUAAGAACCGUUAAAGCAUUUGCGCAAGAAAAACGUGAGAUCAACAGAUACAGCGCUAAACUACAAGAUGUUCUCAAACUAUGUUACAAGGAGAGUUUAUAUAGAGGAAUGUUUUUCGGAAUGACUGGUCUCUCUGGAAACGCGAUUGCUCUUUCAGUUCUUUAUAAUGGAGUAUUUAUGGUAUCAAACUCUGAUAUAACAAUUGGAAGUUUAAGCGCCUUCCUGUUAUAUGCCGGCUAUGUAGGAGUAUCUUUGAACGGAUUAUCUAAGGCAUAUAGCGAAUUAAAUAAGGGUCUAGGUGCAAACAUUCGUUUAUUCGAGCUGAUUAAUCGACAGCCACUUAUUCCCAUUCAAGGUGGGCAAAUUUUAAAAGAGGGAUUAUCAGGCAACGUAACGUUCCAAAAUGUUUUCUUCGUGUAUCCAACGCGAGAAAAGAUUUCUGUGCUGAAAGGUUUUAAUUUAGACAUAGAGAAGUGUUCCAUGACUGCUAUCGUCGGUUCUUCGGGUUCUGGUAAAUCUACCGUAGCAUCACUCUUAUUAAGGUUGUACGAUCCUACUAAAGGAUCGAUUCUUUUUGACAAUUGUGAUCUUCGUUUACUUGAUCCUAUGUGGGUCAAGUCUCAGAUUAGUAUUGUAUCCCAAGAGCCAAUUCUCUUUAGCGGUUCGAUAAGAGACAAUAUAUUAUAUGGAAUGGAAUCUGCAACCGAUUUCGAAGUAGAAAAGGCUGCGAGACAGGCUCAUGUGUUACAGUUUACAGAAAAAAUGACGAACGGAUUAGAUACAAUAGUUGGAGAAAGGGGUAUUGCCCUUAGCGGCGGACAACGUCAAAGAGUUGCCAUUGCUAGGGCACUAAUAAAGAAACCAAAAAUUUUAAUAUUAGAUGAAGCGACCAGUGCCUUAGAUGCAGAAAGCGAAUAUUUUGUUCAAGAGGCUUUAGAACGUGCUAUCCGUGGAAGGACAGUGAUAACGAUUGCUCACAGACUUAGUACAAUAAAAAAUGCUGAUAAAAUCGUAGUACUCGAUGGAGGACAAGUGGCGGAAACUGGCACUUAUACCGAGCUAAUGAAUUUGGAGCAUGGUCAUUUCAAAAAAUUAGUAAAACAUCAAACGUUCGCAUAGAUGUAUAGAAAUCGCUGAACAAUAAUUAUUCAGUGAUUCGUUACAAUGUUCUUAUGGUUUAUCAAUGUAUUAUAUGUACAUAUAUAUUACAUAUGUAUAUUUAUUAUCUUUGAAAUAUUUAAAAUUAAAGUUCCAUACAAUAUUGGCACAUUUCUUGGUGGGAAUAUGUUGAUAUCUAAUUGGAGUAAAAAAUAGAAGAGUAUAUGAUAUA